AUGGUGUGGUGUGACCGUGGCGUCCAGAUGCUGCUGACCACGGUGGGAGCUUUCGCCGCUUUCAGCCUCAUGGCCAUCGCCAUCGGUACCGACUACUGGCUGUACUCCAGCGCGCACAUCUGCAACGGCACCAACAUCACGGCGGACGAAGCGCAGGGACCGCCGAGGAAAGCGAGGGGCGACCUUACGCAUUCGGGGCUCUGGAGGAUCUGCUGUCUCGAAGGAAUCUACAAAGGACACUGCUUCCGAAUCAACCACUUCCCUGAAGACAAUGACUACGACCAUGACAGCUCGGAAUACCUUCUCCGCAUUGUCCGUGCCUCCAGUGUGUUCCCCAUCCUAAGCACAAUAUUGCUGCUGCUGGGAGGGCUCUGUGUUGGAGCAGGGCGGAUUUACAACAGCAAAAACAACAUUAUUCUCAGCGCUGGAAUUCUCUUUGUCGCAGCAGGACUAAGUAAUAUCAUAGGGAUCAUUGUCUACAUAUCAAGCAACGCAGGUGACCCGAGUGAUAAGCGAGAUGAGGACAAAAAGAACCAUUACAACUACGGUUGGUCUUUCUAUUUUGGAGCCUUGUCUUUUAUCGUGGCCGAAACCAUAGGUGUUCUGGCUGUGAACAUUUAUAUCGAGAAGAACAAAGAGCUGAGGUUUAAGACCAAGAGGGAAUUCCUUAAGACUUCUUCCAGUUCUCCUUAUGCCAGGAUGCCAAGCUACAGGUACAGGAGGCGGAGGUCCAGGUCCAGUUCUCGAUCCACAGAGCCUUCUCCAUCUAGAGACAUUUCCCCGGUUGGCAUGAAGAUAGCAAGCACCAUUCCCAUGAACGAGAUUUCCAUGUACACUCUGUCCAGAGAGCCCUUGAAGGUCACAACGGCCGCCAGCUACAAUGCAGACCAAGAAGCCAGUUUUCUGCAGGUCCACAACUUCCUUCAGAAGGAAUUUAAGGAAGGACUCCACGUCAACAUGGUCAACAGGAGAACAACACCAGUCUGA